AUGACAACUGCAGAAACUUCAGCACUCGAAAGCAUUCCUGCUGAUCAGCAAGGUAGCUUCUCCUCUUUCCUCAAGACAUUGGCUUCCUUCACUGGUGAUUUAUCGGCCUUGACGUGUCCAUCGUUUUUGUUGGCUCCCAUUUCCCUUUUGGAAUACUCGUCUUUUUGGGCUGAUCAACCUGCAUUGUUGACUGAUAUCCCCAAAUCUGAUAAUGCCGAAGAACGUUUCUAUGCCGCUGUCAAAUGGUUUAUCUCGUCUUUGAAUGGAUCCUUUUCAAGCCGUGUCCCCAAGGGCGAAUGGGAAAAGAAGCCUUUCAACCCCAUCCUCGGUGAACAAUUCAAGUGCUCCUGGGACAAUGGUACUCAUAUUGUGUGUGAGCAAGUAUCGCAUCAUCCUCCAGUGUCGGCCUUUUUCAUUGAGAACAAAGAAGCUGGUGUCAUUGUCAAUGGUCAUGAUGGUCAAAAGACGCGUUUCUCUGGUACACAAAUGUUGGUGGAUCAAGUUGGAUACUGUGUGGUCAAGCUCACUGGCCGUGAUGAGACGUAUCUCUUCACUCUCCCAUCCCUCUCUGUGAAUGGCAUUUGGUAUGCAGCUCCUUAUGUUGAACUUACUGGUACCUCCUACGUCCAAUCGUCUUCUGGUUUCCAUGCAGCUAUUGAGUAUUCCACCAAGGGUUGGAUUUCCGGUGAAUUCCAUCAUUUCAAGGCCAGCGUUACUCACGAAUCGCUUACUGGUCCCACUGUGAUCGAAGGUCAAUGGACUGCCAAAUCAACCAUCACCAAGCACAAGGGUAGUGCUGAACCAUUUUUGGAUUUGACCAACAUGGAAAAGCCCACACCCAAGGUGGCUGAAAUUGAUGCUCAAGGCAAACUUGAAUCUCGUCGUGUGUGGCAAAAGGUGGCCGAAGCACUCAAGGUGGGCGAUUACAUGACUGCAUCAACUGAAAAGUCUGCUAUUGAAAAUGAGCAACGUGCACUUCGAAAGGAACGAGCGGAAAAGAAUGAGACCUGGAAGCAAGAGUACUUUGUAUCCAAGAGUGGUGAGGAGAUUUAUGGUGAUUUGCGUGAAAAGAUCUUGUCAAAGAGCGAUAACCGGUUUGUGGAUACGAUGGGUGCUGAAUCCGGAUGGUUGUACAAAGAGCAUUCCCACCUCAAGUCGCCAUCAUCUUAA